CUUCCCCUGCCAGUCAUAUUCCCUCAACAGAACACAAACAGCGGAACUCCCGACUUCCACUUCUAUAAAACUUCUCUCUGUCUGUCUGUGUGUGUGUCUAUCCAAACAUAGAGCCAGCUAACUGUGUCCAUGGCGGCCAUGAUAGACCAGAGCCUAGCCGGUCCCGUCUUCCGGAUUGACUCCAUGGAGCAGCAGGGCUUCCUCAACAGCUACACCAACUGCCUGAUGAUGGAGAAGAGACAGCUCUUCCUCAGGAGCUACCAGUUCAGCAGGAAGAGGACACUGUCCGAGAGGAUCCGGAGAUGUCUGAUCAGGAGCAAGAGGGUCAUAUGGUCCAGGCUCAGGUGUGUCAGGAAGCUGAGGAAGCUCGUGUGGUCGAAGCUCUUUAAGCUUCGGCACGGCUUUGGGAGCCGGAGACAGUAUUCGAGGCUCUUCCGUCUUCUGAGCAGCAACAGUUACUACUACUCAUCCCAGCCUUCAGAGUAAUGCAGCAGAUCUUACUUUUUGUUUAGAACUUCUUCGUAUUUCUUCCAUCCGAUUAGAUUAUCGCUAUUACGGAGGACUUAUGGCUAUUUAGAUUUAAAGACGUGAUGUUAGUUAGUCCAAGUACAUAUGUUCUUUGCUGCUAUGCAAUUCUCUGGUGGGAUUGGUUAACUUCUGGUCCAUAAAAACACCUGCUUUCUUGGAUAGGAAAUUUCCUCCUUUUUCUGGGUCUUUCGACUUGAGAGAAGAUGAAGGUCUCACUUUCAAGUCUCCAAUGAAUCUUUAGAACCGUAUUCAGGUUGUGUACCUAUGUUCUCUCCAUCCAGAUGAGAGAGUUAGAUAAUUGACUCGAGUGAAAGAAAUUAACUAAGAUAUCGAAGAUGAGAGUUCUGGACGACGUUGAUUGGUUCUUGCUUGUCGAAUACAUUGGUUCUUUCGGAUUA